AUGGCUAUUCUUGCCAGUGCAGCAACGCUGCUAACAGCUAUCUCUAUGAUAUAUCGUAUCACAUUAAAUCUUCCUGAUAUUUCUUAUCAUACAGAUUUAAGAAAUCCUACUUCUAAACAUUAUAAUGAGUUAUCAAAUGACAUAGAAAAAACGACUUUUGCAAUGUUAUCACUUGUUACUGAUGUACAAAAUGUUUCUGUUAAAUUAUUUCGAUAUCAUCAAGUUAUUGGUACAUUGGUAACAUUUGAUGUUAAAUCUGACAAAAAAAAUGAACAAGUAAUUAGAGAUUUUUUUGAAAAUGCUGUUAGUCAUGGAAAAAUGGGAAAUUUAGUAUUAAAUUCUGAGGGAUUUGAAUUUGUCUCAUUUGAAGAUGAGAUGGUAUCACAGUGUCAUCCAUCACAAUUUACCUGCCAAUCCAACAAUGAAUGUAUUGAUAGAAGUAAAUUAUGUAAUUAUAUUGCUGAUUGCCCCGAUUCAAGUGACGAAAGUUUAGAGCAUGGUCAUUGUGAUGAAAGUAAACCUUUUAUAUCAACAGAAAAGAAAUAUCUUGAUGUAUUAGCUGGUAAUUUAAUAGAAAUACAUAUUUCUGUUCAUAGAAUACCAACUAGCUUUAAUAUAAAUUGGUUUAAAGAUGAUUAUGAUAUUGAAGAAAGUAAUCGUAUUUAUAAGGACACACAAUCAUCACAUUAUCAUAAACAAAAAGAUUAUACAUUACGUAUUGAAGGUGCAACCUCAAGUGAUUCUGGUCUUUAUAAAUUUUCUUUAUCAUAUAAUGAUAAUACUAUUGAAAUAGAAAUACCUGUAAGAAUAUAUGGAUAUGAAGAAGUUAGUAAAGAAGUAUCAAGAGAAGAAAAUAUUUUAAAUGACAAUUUUAAACAAUGUCCUGAUGGAGAAAAAGCCUGUAAAUCUGGUCAUUGUCUUUCAUUAUCAUUUUUCUGUGAUAGACAUAUUAAUUGUCCAGAUGGAGAUGAUGAAAUUAAUUGUGGUGAAGUAAUAUGUAAUUCUAAUGAAUUUUCAUGUGAUAAUGUUUGUAUUGAAAAAGAUAAAGUAUGUGAUGGUAUUAGAAAUUGUUUAGAUGGUAAAGAUGAAGCUAAUUGUCCAGGUUUUGAAAAACAAAGACCAUCUAAUGUUAGACCAACAGUUUCUUCAACAAAUACACAUCAUGCUCAGAUAACUGUCACUUGUCCUGAUGGGUCAAUACCAGAAUAUAGUUUACAUGGUUCUACAUAUUGUUGGAGUAAUUCUGUAUGUCCAUCUGGUACUCUUUGUACUGAAGGAAAAUGUUGUCACAACGCUAAUGCUGAUAUCCUACGUCAAUGUGAUUAUGAUAAAUGGGAAUGUGGUGAUGGAAAAUGUCUAGAUUGGACAAAUCGUUGUAACCAAAUAAUUGAAUGCACUGAUAGAAGUGAUGAAAUGCAUUGUAAUAUCAUCAUACCACAACCUCAAAAUGGUAAACGGUCUGUUCAUAAAAAAACAGAUAAAGAUAACACAGAUAACAUGACAAAUUCAGAAUGUCGAGAAAAUGAAUAUCAAUGUAAAAAUAAACAAUGUAUUCCAUUAGAAAAAAGAUGUAAUCGUAAUUAUGAUUGCCCUGAUGGUAGUGAUGAAACGACAUGUGAAUAUUUCAUUAACGCACAAAAAUAUCAUUUAGAUAAUAAUAAUAAUAAUAAUAAUAAUAAUAAUAAUAACAAUAAUAAUCAAAAUACAAAAGAAACAGAAAUUUUUGAACCAUUUGAAAUUAUAACACAUCAACCAAAUGGUGAUUAUUUACGAAACAUUAAACAAUCUUCGGAAGAACUUUGUGCCGAUGAUGAAUUUAAGUGUGUUGGUCUUGAUUAUUUAUAUUGUAUACAUUAUGAUAAGAUAUGUGAUGGUGUUGAUGAUUGUGGAAAUAAUGCUGAUGAAAUGAAUUGUUCUAAGUCAAUUGAAGUUAAUGAAGUUAAUGAAGAUAAUUUAAGAGAAGAUGGAUGUAAAAAUGGAGAAUUUAAAUGUAAUAAUGAUCAAUGUAUUCCGUCAUCAUUAAAAUGUAAUAGAAAAUAUGAUUGUGAAGAUGGAAGUGAUGAAACAACAUGCGAUUAUUUUAAAAUUGCUGCACAAAGACAUCAUCAUCAUCAACAACAACAACAACAGCAACAACAAACAACAACAACCACAACCACAUCACAAGUACCACCAAUUGUUGAACAACCAAGACAUCCUGCUGUUUCACAACAAGUAUAUGAAGAACAAGAGAGACAAAGAUUACUCCAAGAAGCUGAAUAUAAUCGUCGUUUAGAAGAAUAUCAUAGAAGUCAAACACAACCAAUUCUUGAAACAAUACGUACACCAAAACCACUUCCAGAAGUAACAUUUAAAGAUGAAUAUGAUAGAGAACUUAAUAAUGAUAUUAAAAUUUCGGAUGAUGAUUUUGAAACAGAUGAUGAUAUUGGAACAUGUCAAAUAAAUGAAUUUUUAUGUCAACAUAGUCGUGAAUGUAUUGAUAAAAAAGCAGUAUGUGAUGGUAUAUCUGAUUGUUUAGAUCAGUCAGAUGAACUUUUUUGCCAAGAUAAAGAAAAUAAAUUUACCACAAUUAAUUCAAAAACUGAUGGAAGACAUGAUAGUUAUAAAAAUGAACACGAUAUUCAUAAACAUAUUGAUAUUCAAAAAAAUGAAGAACAUAAAGAACAUAUUGAAAAGUCACCAAGACCACAAUAUACACCAAGUCAACAAAUACAUCAUCAUAAUCAACAUGAUAAGACUCAUCAUCAUCGUGUUGCAGAGCAAGGUUAG